AUGAAUCCCUUUCUAAAUGCUCUUCAUAUGUUAGAUGAAGAUUAUUUUGAUUAUGAGGAUCUUAUGAUAGAAGCAAUGGCCCUACAUAGAGAACGACAUGCAGCCGAGGGAGCAUCUUCUUCACAUCGUCCUAAUUCUCAACCUCGUAUGUUCAUCCAAUGCAAUCCGUUGGGAGGUCAUCAAUGCCUUUGGAAGGAUUACUUUGCUCAACCGCCAAUAUAUCCGUCAAACAUUUUUAGGAGGAGAUUUCGAAUGAGUCGUGAUCUGUUUUUACGCAUAAAUUCUGCAUUUGAGACUCAUGAUGAUUAUUUUUUCCAAAAGAGAGAUGCUAGUGAGAGGCUUGAAUUGUCUUCCCUUCAAAAUAUGACUGCAACAAUUAAGAUGCUUGCAUAUGGGGUAACAGUGAUGGUAGAUGAGUAUGCAAGAAUUGGAGAAAGCACCACACAGUUGAGUAUGAAGAAAUUUGUAAAGGCAAUCAUGUCAAUCUUUAGAGGUGAGUACUUGAGGUCUCCAACCAGCAAUGAUAUAGUGAGGUUAUUAGGAGUCGGACAAAGGUGUGGGUUUUCAAGAAUGUUGGGUAACAUUGAUUGCAUGCACUGA